AUGGAUCAAAAAGUGUCAUCUUUCAUCAAUGAGAAACUGUUCACUGAGGUAAAACCAGUACUUUUCACCGACUUAAUUUAUCAAUUGAAGGUGGGCCCAUCCAUGGCCAAGAAAUUGAUGUUUGACUAUUACAAGCAGACCACUAAUGCUAAAUAUAACUGUGUAGUAAUUUGCUGCUAUAAAAACCAAACAAUCAAAAUUAUACAUGAUGUUGGAAAUAUUCCAGAGGAAGAUUCAAUAAUCGAUUGCUUUAUUUUUGCUUUCAAUCCAAUGGAUGCUUUUUUACCACAUUACAGUAUCAUCAAUCAAAAGGAUUGCUUAACCAUAGAAAAUCCAUAUGAACUCAAAGUACGAGAAUCAUUGAAAAUCAUAGAACGAACUAAGACCUUAGAAGAGAAAUCCAAACCCUUGGUAAGGCCUACAGCAAGAUCAAAAACCACGCCAGAAGAAACAACUGGUAAGAAAUCCAAAUCUAAAGACAUGGGUCUCAGAUCAACAGCACUACUGGCCAAGAUGAGAAAGGAUAGAAAUGACAAAGAAAUGUCUAGGCAGAACGAACUACGCAAAAGGAGAGAGGAAAACAUAGAGAAGAUAAAUAAAGGAAACCCCGAAAGAGAAGCUCAAAUGAAGGAAUUAAAUAACCUGUUUGUCGAAGAUGAUCUAGAUGAUGAAGAACCUAAUGAAGGGUCUCAUUCUAAUCUACCUGAACAGACUCUCACCGAUGACAGGAAAAAAAGCAAUAAUGACUUGGAAGACUUGCUGGAAACAACAGCAGAAGAUUCACUUAUGGAAGUACCAAAAAUACAUCAAACGAAGAUACCGGAAGCCGAAGAUUUAAAAGAACCUAAGUUUGAAGAAGAAAGGUCCUCCUUUGUCGAUGAGGAUGGAUACAUUGUUACCAAGAGGCCCGCAACUUCCACGCCUCCCCCCAAACCAUCUCCGGCGACUAGAAGAGCACUAUCUUCUUCGAAAGAACAAGAAACGCCAUCAUCAAACAAAAGACUAAAAAAACAAGGGACUUUAGAAAGCUUUUUCAAAAGAAAAACUAAAUAA